AUAGAAUAGCUUUGUAUCAUUAAUAAUGUGGGAGGGUAGACCAGUUUUCCUAUUAAACAAACUCAAGUUGAUUCAAAUUAGGAGAAAAAUACGAAUCUAGCUAUGUCAACUUCGUUUUUUUCAGAUUACAAUCAGAUAAGCCAGCCAAUGAGAUACCCUAACUCAAAUCUCUAACAAGCAACAAUGCUACCAUCUUAUUAUAACCCCUUUAUCUUCCUACCACUUUAAUGGUAUUUUUGGUAGCAAUUUUAGCCGCAGAUUUGAUAGCUUAGGAGGAAGAAGAUGGACUCCCCAUCCUCAUCAUCAUCGGAGAAAACAAAUCAACACAAUGAAGAAGCCGAGAAGCAUUACAUCGGAGUUCGGAAGCGGCCAUGGGGGAAAUUUGCAGCUGAAAUAAGGGAUUCAACAAGAAAUGGAAUGAGGGUUUGGCUUGGAACAUUUGAUAGUGCUGAAGAAGCUGCCAUGGCUUAUGACCAAGCCGCCUUGUCGAUGCGCGGCUCGUUGGCAGCCCUUAAUUUUCCGGCGGAAAGGGUUCAUGAAUCCCUUCAAGGAAUGAUGAUUAAUCAUAGCUCGGAGGAAGGCGGCUUAUCUCCGGCCGCCGCGCUAAAGCAAGCUCACAAGAUGAGAAAUAAGUCCAAACGACGAAACAAAAAGAAACAACAAUCUGUAAAGGUAGAAGAAGAAGCUGAUGAGGAUGAUGUUGUGGUGUUUGAAGAUUUGGGACCUGAAUUGUUGGAUGAGCUUUUGUCUGAAUCUACCAGUCCUUGAUUUUGUAAGUGUAAAUAAGAAUCUCAUUUACUUUUGCUCCCUUCCCCUCCACAUAGAAUCACAAAAUUGUUCGUCACUUUUUCUUCAUUACUUCCCAGUGUGUAUGCCAUCCAAAUCUCAACAAAAUUUAAUUAUGUGAGUCCGAAAUGCCUUUCACAUUAUGUUAUUAAUUAGCUUUCCUUAAUUUUUUGUGUGUGUGUAUAUUCUCAUUUCACGGGCAAGAUAAAGUUAGGAACUAUCAUUUUCACUAAUUUAAUUUGUGUUACGUUA